UAUAUUAUGUUACGUUUACUGGAUUAACUAUAAUAAGUUCAGCUAUAUUAUCUCAAGGUUUUAAAUCUGCUCCUAUUAGUAUCGCUACAGUUGUAAUGGGUUUUUUCGUAAUAUGUUCGGGUAUUAUUUUAUUAUUUAAAUCUAAAAAAGAUGAUUCAUCUUUUUCAAAGAAUGCAGAAUCCGAUAAUCUUAAAAAGGAAGAUGAAAAUGAACAUGCUUUUGGUAUUCGAGCUAGUUUGGGAAGUAUUCAUAGAUUAUCACGUUCAUAUCCUUCUCAAAAUUCAUCUACUCUUCCCACCAAUAACAAAGAAUAUAGUAAAGAAUAUGAUAAUAAAGAAUCUAUUGGUAAAGAUGAUGGAAAACAAUCACAACAUAUAAGUAUUCAAAGUUCGAGAUUUUCAGCUGGUUUACCCCCAAUAAAUGAAUCAUCAAUGAAUCUUUAUCCUUAUCGAGAAGAUAAUAGAGAAGUUUACAAUACAACACCAAAUGAAUCAA